GUUAAAGUUGUACAAACAAAACAAAAGAGUUUUAGGCGAAAAAAGCUAGCAAAGAUGGAGAAAGCAGGAACAACAGUGACACCAGGGGAGGUAGUAGGGAGCGGUGCUGGUUCAGUGAGGUCGGUGCAGCAACACGAGCAGGAGCCCUUGAUGCAGGCAAGAGGACUGGUGGCUGAGACUCAAAAACUCAAAGUUAUGGUGGCUUUAGACGACAGUGAUGGUAGCUUCUACGCCCUUAAUUGGGCGAUCACCAACCUCCUAAAACCAAAAAGUAUAGCACCCGCCACAACUACGACCAUGACUACGAUGCCCAUUGACGAGGAAGGUUGCAUGGUGUAUUUGGUUCAUGUUCAACACCCCUUCACCAACUAUGUCUACCCUGCCGGUCCCGGUUUGCACACUGCUACUUUUGCUGCAUCAUCUGUAGUGGAGUCGGUUAAGAAAGCACAAGCAGAAAUUUCAGCUGCGAUCCUUCAACGUGCAUUUUCAAUUUGCAAACAGAACAUGGUUCGAGUUGAAACAUUAAUUUUCGAAGGAGAUCCCAAAGAGGAGAUUUGCAAGGCCGUAGAACAAGUACAUAUGGAUAUGCUAGUCAUUGGUAGUCGUGGUCUAGGCGGAAUCAAAAGGGCGUUCCUUGGAAGUGUUAGCGACUACUGUGCACAUCAUGCAGGUUGUCCUGUCUUGAUUGUGAAGCCACCGAAAAAUAUUAAGUAACUGUGAAAGAAUUACACUUUGGUGAACGGUUUUAAUGUCUACAAGAUCUUGAGGUUGUCAUCUAGUGUUUGUAAUAUUUUGUUAGUAGUUCAACUAAAUAAAUGCGGUAGAGUAUAUAAUAUCAUGUAACUGAUAUGCUUGGUUUGUGGAGUAAAAGAUGCAUGUUUUGAGUUUCAUCCAA